UGCAGAAACGGAGAAAUGUGCCCCUCCAAGCCGAUUCCACAGAUGACGAGGACUUGCGAGACAACCUGUCCUCGGCCUCGCUCGAUACCAUCGUGGAGAAAGCCAAGAGCUCGGAUCCGGCUACCCAAUUGACGGCCGUUCAAGCCGCCCGUAAGUUGUUGUCCUCCGACCGUAACCCGCCCAUCGAUGCCCUCAUCAAGUCCGGCAUCCUGCCCGUCCUGGUCACGUGUUUGAGUUCGCAUGAUAACGCCUCCCUCCAGUUUGAGGCGGCCUGGGCCCUGACCAACAUCGCCUCCGGCACAUCGCAACAAACCCAAGCCGUGGUCCAGGCCAAUGCCGUGCCGCUCUUCCUUCAGUUGCUGUCCUCUUCCCAACAAAACGUGUGCGAGCAGGCGGUCUGGGCCUUGGGCAACAUUAUCGGUGAUGGGCCUCACUUGCGCGAUUACGUAAUCGGCUUGGGCGUGGUCCAGCCUUUGUUGAGCUUCAUUAACCCGGAGAUUCCGAUCUCGUUUCUGCGCAACGUGACUUGGGUCGUGGUGAACUUGUGUCGAAAUAAAGACCCACCACCGCCCGUAGCUACCAUCCGAGAAAUCCUCCCAGCGCUCAACAUGCUCAUCCACCAUAGCGAUAUCAAUAUCCUCGUCGAUACCGUUUGGGCCUUGAGUUAUUUGACCGAUGGAGGUAAUGAACAGAUUCAAAUGGUUAUCGACUCGGGUGUGGUUUCCAAGUUGGUGCCCUUGCUCUCCCAUCGCGAGGUGAAAGUCCAAACCGCCGCUUUGCGUGCCGUGGGCAAUAUCGUCACGGGCACGGACGACCAGACCCAGACCGUUUUGAAUGAUGACGCCCUUUCGCACUUCACAGAGCUGUUGACUCAUUCCAAAGAAAAGAUCAACAAGGAAGCUGUGUGGUUUUUGUCAAAUAUCACAGCGGGGAACCAGCAGCAGGUCCAGGCCGUUAUCGAUCACAACCUAGUUCCUCUAAUCAUCCAACACCUUUCACGGGGCGAGUUUCAAACUCAAAAAGAGGCUGCUUGGGCUAUUUCGAAUUUGACGAUAUCCGGAAAUAAACAACAAGUCACCUAUCUUGUGCAGCAAGGCGUUAUUCCGCCAUUCUGUGGACUGCUUAGCGUGAAAGACACGCAAGUGGUUCAAGUGGUUCUGGACGGAAUCAACAACAUCCUGAAAAUGGCCGGCACCGAUUUGGAAGCUAUCACGAGCAUGGUUGAAGAGUGUGGUGGCUUGGACAAGAUCGAGAGCUUGCAGAACCAUGAAAACGUGGAGAUUUACAAGCUGGCCUACGAAAUCAUAGAGCAGUACUUCUCUGAAGAUGCUGAGGAAGACCAGAACCUGGCCCCUCAAAUGGUAGAGGGAAGUUUCCAAUUCAAUCAAGGCGAUGCUCCAUCAUCUGGCGAGAAUAAACCGUUCCAGUUCUAGACCGGGCUCUAGAACAAACUAACCUUUGCUACCCGCUACUGAAGCCCUUCUACUUUUACCUGUUUCGCAAAAAGGUAUCUUGCCUCACGGAAUAGUCUUGUAUUCUCUUGCACUUUCCCAUGUGGAUAGGCGAGGGUUCACAUAAAAAGGCAUUAUUGGGUUGCAAGGUACCACUACAUCAAGAACACGGUCAUCAACACUAAGUGCGAGGAAACUCCUCAAAGAACAUCUAUAAGGCUUGUUGAACAUGUGCACUUCCAUCGUCAUCAUCGUCGUCGUCGUCGUCAUAAUAACUAUUCUCAACAUCAUCCACCUCAUGAUCAAUACCAUCACCAUCAUCAUCCAUCAACUUCGGGGGCCUCUUCGGCGUCAAGCUGGAGCUUUGAAGACUGAAGUCCGGCUCACAACGAUCUGACACACUCACUUUUAACUCUGUUCUGGGAUCUUUUACUCAAGUGUUUCGAAAACGCGUUGGUUUCAAGAAACGGACGACCACGUAGCUUGUUGGUAUAAAUGAGUAAGCCAAGCCCACUCUCUGCGUUAAGAACUAACCUGAGCAAAAGGACUGGGUGCUGCUUUCAACACUGAUCUAGCUUGUGGUUCCGUUGUUGUUGUCUUGAGAUGGCCAAAAUGGGCCCUAUAGAUCUAUUUUGUUCUGUUUCUUCCUGUGAUAUCUCUUCAGUGAAGGGUCCCUCCCAGAGGCAAUCUCAUCUAUAUAUUCAACAAUCCUGUACGUAGAGGCGGUUAUCUUGAAUUAUAAUUUUUUCUUACAAACGA